UGAACGCAGCGCUUUGAGUUCUCUGCCACGAGCAACCUCUGUUGUAAAUCAGAGGAACACGUGACGAUGCAUUUCUUGACUGUAUGUCCCGACUGCAGCAGCGGACUUGUCAGAGCGCUGAGCCCAGCAGGCAGGAAGGAGGCUCGUGGACUUGACCGGUUAGGAAUUCAGGGCUUUGGACAGAUUUGCCAGCCUUCGGGAGGUUCUAACCUGCAGGUUUCUCCCCAGACCCCGGCUGUGCAGCGGAGCUUCAAUGCUGAAGAUGGAGCCUCUGAACAGCACGUCCCCCAGCACCACCGCCCCCGGCAGCACCCUCGAGUCCCACGUGCCGGGCAGCGGCAGUGGCAACGGCAACGAGUAUUUCUACAUCCUGGUUGUCAUGUCCUUCUACGGCAUCUUCUUGAUUGGCAUCAUGCUGGGCUACAUGAAAUCCAAGAGGCGGGAGAAGAAGUCCAGCAUCCUGCUGCUGUACAAAGAUGAGGAGAGGCUCUGGGGGGAGGCCAUGAAGCCGCUGCCCACUGUGUCAGGGCUGAGGUCCAUGCAGGUGCCGGUGAUGCUGAACAUGCUGCAGGAGAGCGUGGCGCCUGCCCUGUCCUGCACGCUCUGCUCCAUGGAGGGAGACAGUGUGAGCUCAGAGUCGUCCUCGCCCGACGUGCACCUCACCAUCCAGGAGGAGGGGGCGGAUGAUGAGCUGGAGGAGACUUCCGAGACACCCCUCAAUGAGAGCAGCGAAGGGUCGUCAGAGAAUAUCCACCAGAAUUCCUAGCACCCCCCGGGGCCCCUGGAGGUGACUCCAUCAGCAGCACCCUUAGAGAGGACACACUGUGUGUCUGGUUUCACUUUUGCUGUGCAGCUGCCACUUUGAAGAGCCCCCCCGGGCAAGCCUCCAGAUGGGCAACAAGGCUCAGCUCAAGCCAGCAGCUGCAGCGAGGAGUCCCUGUGUCUGUGGUGUGGACCUGCCCUGGAGACAGCCCCGAGAUGUGCAGUGUGGACAUUUACUUUGGGGUUCGGGGCUCCUAUCCAGAAUGUGGCAGGGCUUGCUGUUCUCUCACUGGAUGCCCCCCAGUAACCCCGCAGAAUCUGCCGGCUCCUGGGGCUGCCACUGCCUAAGACAAGCUGUGGGACUACUUUGAUUUGCUAAUUUGCCUAGAGCUUUGUCCUUCUAGAUCUGAUUGGCUGUAAGUACCUCUACUACGAAUCUGUGCAUUAGUACACAGUGAGUUACUUUUGGAGGACUUAUGGGUUGGGGGUGGAAUUUGAUGGGGAACUUUUGAUGGGAGAAAGCUGGAGAGCGUACCUGGUCUGUUUGCACACUGUCAGGAAAUAAUGCAAUGUUUAAACUCGUUACCAUUGGUUGGGAUGCUAAGACAUCGUCUGCUAUUUUGACCGUUUGUUUGACCUGUGACCAUCCACUCUGACCUGGGACCAUCCAGCAUUUCAUACUAGCAUGAUUUUUUUUUUUUUCUUCUUCUCUUUGAAGGGCUUCCCCAGAGUCUAACCUGCACCCAGAAUGGCUGUGCAGGGAUUCUUCUGGAUCUUUCCAGAAGGGGUGAUGGUGAGGUUGAACAAGGCCAAAACCUUUAGCCCUGCUGCUGCUUUUUCCCAGCCUUGUUUUCUGAACUGGGACCUAAUGUGGGCCUCCACGACAUGGUAUUUCGUCACGUAGCUAAGACCUAGAAAGGCGCACUCAGACAGAGAUUACACGAAGCCAGGGCCCAGGCGCGGCGUUUCCUGGUCGUGAGCUCUGAAACUGAUUUGCUGUGUGGUCCCGGGCAUGUCAUCAAGAGGCAUCUAGAUCCCCAGGGGGCUGGGAGGAUGUCUUCAGAUUUUUAGGACUCUGUGAUAAAUCCUGCGUGUCCGGGUGUGAGGAAGCUUGGACACACUAUCUCCCCCUUGGCCAGUUUGCCUGAAAAAGGAUCAGCCUAUUUAAAGGAGUAGUUGAGACUCAGAACACACAUAAUUGGGACAUUCAGGGCCAAUCGCCAUCUCAUUCCUGCUGCAGUUUUCCCAGCAGUGAACCAAAGAGGCAGAGACCACAUUUUACUCUGCGAAGUUCUCUGGGCGGUGGAAUGUUAACACUCCAGCUAAGGGAGCUAGAAGACGGAGAGAAACGGGCCAGGAAUGCCAUGUAUUCCUCUGCUCAACAGCUCUGCAGCAGACCCUCUAGACCCGUGAAGACAAGGAGGAAGAGAAACACACCAAAAGGUCAAUUUUAAUUCUAGUGAAAACAAAACCAAACCAAAAAACACUUAAAAAAAAAAAAAAACCACAAAAAACCUCCGUCCCCUCCCUGGGCUGAGACAGCGACGCUGACUGUUCCCACGGAAGGGUUAACAGUGUCGGGGCUGGAUCAUCAGUUCUCCCUAACACAGUGCUAGAGGAGAUUUAUGCUUAGGGGGGAAGGGCCCUCCGUUCUCUUUAAAAUUCAGCAUGUGGAUUUACUCCAAAGGGGGCUGUUUAAGGUGAAAGAAGCCAAGUUAAGUUUGGCCCCUUGCCUGGAAUCACUUGAAUUCUGAAACUUUACUGCGACGGACAUGUGCGUUGUCACAUUUUCCAUUGCUUAAUCCUGAAGUUGGUGCAAGUCUAUCUGCGCCUGUUAAAAAGUGAUGUACAUACUUCCUUCUUAUUCUAUUGAGUUGUAUAAAAUUGUCUGCUGUAUUUAACAGUUCGUAAUUUUCACAGUAUUUUUUAAUUUAAAUAAACACAUUUUCCCCAGGAAGUGGUGCGCUCUUUCUUUGAUUCGCCAAGGUAAUUCCUGGUUUCAGAGACAUCCCCAGAGGCGUUCUCCAACCCAUCUCUGCCUGUAGGUCAUCUUUCAAGUCAUACUCUGUAUCUUAUUUCUGCCUGAAUCACGGAUGGAGCGGAGCUUGACCUUUACCAUCCUUUGAUAGGCUUUGCAAUGAAUG